AUGGAACUCUCACGCGAGUCGCCCUCCAAGUCCAUCUUUGGUCCCUCCGACAUGGUUAGAGAGUCGGAUGGGGAUGACUCCGACUCCAGCCAGUCCACGCCCCACUACAGCAGCAGGGCAACACCGACGACACCUGCGAAGCUCGCCAACAAAAAUGUUGCUCCGUUUCUUGCCAAACACAUCCCCGAACAGUACGCUCCUCUAGGUUCUCGCGCCGGUGAACAGUCCGAUUCCUACAAAGCCAAUUCCAAAUAUUGCUAUCGCCACCGCCCAGAUCUCAAGUGCCGGCGACAGGCUGACGAACCCUCAAUGGACAAAUUACAGCACGAUCUAGAAACGCUCCCUCAGAGCGACCAACAAGGCAUCGCACAUGUCUGGUCGCUCUUUUCAGCCGCCCCUGCCAAGCAUCGAAAACUCAUGCUCCAAGGGAUCAUGUCCCAAUGCUGUUUCCCGCAACUGUCGUUCAUAUCCGCCACCGUCCGUGACCUGAUUCGAAUCGAUUUUAUGACCGCCCUUCCGCCGGAGAUUGCAUUCAAAAUUCUUUGCUACCUCGACACGACCUCUCUCUGCAAGGCGGCCCAGGUGUCGCGACGUUGGCGCGCGCUAGCUGACGACGAUGUGGUUUGGCAUCGCAUGUGCGAACAACAUAUCCAUCGCAAAUGCAAGAAAUGCGGUUGGGGUCUGCCCUUGCUCGAGCGCAAACGACUCCGGGAGUCCAAGCGCGAAAUCGAAAUGCGCGCCACUGCCACAACAUGGGACGUCAGCGGACCAUCCCCGACUCUCACGGCUGCGCAGGACACCGAAAACCGUGAAGAAUCCCCGGCUGCGUCAGAAUGCGCGGGCACGAAACGAAAGCCCGAAUCAAGCGAAGAUGAAACGGCAAUGGUCAAGCGUCAUUGCACUUCGUUGUCCUCCGGUACGGAGAAUGCAGAGGACUACUAUAAGACCAAAUACAGGCCGUGGAAAGAUGUGUACAAGGAUCGGUUCAAGGUUGGGACGAACUGGAAGUAUGGACGAUGCUCGAUUAAGACGUUCCGUGGACACACCAACGGCAUCAUGUGUUUGCAGUUUGAGGAUAACAUACUGGCGACCGGAUCGUAUGACGCGACGAUCAAGAUUUGGGAUACCGAGACCGGCGAGGAACUUCAAACUCUCCGGGGACAUGAGUCCGGUAUUCGCUGUCUGCAAUUUGACGACACCAAGUUGAUCAGUGGCAGCAUGGACCGGAGCUUGAAGGUGUGGAACUGGCGCACUGGCGAGUGCAUCUCCACCUACACUGGUCACCGUGGUGGUGUCAUUGGUCUACACUUCGAUUCCACCAUCCUCGCCUCUGCUUCCGUUGACAAGACGAUUAAGAUUUGGAACUUUGAGGACAAGUCAACCUGUCUCCUGCGUGGACAUUCGGACUGGGUCAAUGCAGUCCGGGUCGACACCAAGUCGCGCACCGUGUUUUCGGCUUCGGAUGACUGUACAGUCCGGCUCUGGGACUUGGAUACCAAGAAUUGCAUCCGUGUCUUCCAUGGCCACGUUGGUCAAGUGCAACAGGUUGUCCCUCUUCCUCGGGAGUUUGAGUUUGAGGAGCAUGAUGCGGAAUGCGAAAACGACAACGUGAGCACGACUUCUGGUGACUCCGAUGCGGCGUCGCUCCAGGCUACUCUAGGACUUGAGCCGAACGAGUCAUCUGCCUUUGGACCGUCCUUCGACAAUGGUCGUCCAGCACCACCGCGCUACAUGAUUACCAGCGCAUUGGACUCUACAAUUCGGCUGUGGGAGACCACUACAGGUCGGUGCCUGCGCACGUUCUUCGGCCAUCUGGAGGGAGUUUGGGCCCUGGGUGCUGAUACGCUCCGGAUUGUGACUGGAGCGGAGGAUCGGAUGGUGAAGAUCUGGGAUCCCAGAACUGGAAAGUGCGAGCGCACUUUCACCGGCCAUUCGGGGCCGAUCACCUGCAUCGGACUUGGUGAUAGUCGAUUCGCCACCGGAAGCGAGGACUGCGAAGUCCGCAUGUACAGUUUCCGAAGUUAA